AUGGAUAAACAUAAAAAACAAGGCACAGCUGUUUCGACAAGUACUGCAUCACAGAAACAGUCAGUCACUUCAAAACAAACAAGUAGUCCAUCUCAAUCGUCAUCCGAUGACGAAGCUGGACCUUCGACCAGUGUUGUCACACCUGUUAUCAGUACAUCUAAAUCAAGUGGUAAAUCAAACACUGAAAAACCUAAAGUGCAGCAACGCUCAUCUAAAAAGAUCAUUUACGUUGAAUCGUCAUCGUCGUCUUCUGACGAAACCGAACCUUUGCCAAAAGAUUCUGCACCUGUUGCUAGUACAUCAAAAUUAAGUAAUCAGAAACAAGAAGCGGAAAAUUGGACAAGUCCAGAAAACUUUUGCAACAUUGGUUUAUAUUGGCUUUACGGCUUGUGUCAGACUUUUUUACUCACAAGAUUAACAGAACGGCCAUUUGCGGGAAACGACGAUGAAAAAGAAGAAGAUGACGAGGAGAUGAGCAAUGAAGAAGAAGAGGAAGACGAGGAGAUGGGCAAUAAAGAAGAAAAGGAUGAAGAGAGCGAGAAUAUGAGCGAUGAAGAGAAAGAGGAUAAAGACUUAAAAG